CCUCCCCACAACAACUGAUGCCCCUCCCCAUCGACCCUCUUUCUUCCUCUCUUCGUCCUUUUGCUCCUAUCUUUCUCUUUCACGUCUUCUCACCCAUCUAAUUGACCCGGAAAAUCAUCCCCCGUAUACCCCCCAGAAACACCCAGUAAGGGAGAACCCGAAAAUGGACCCCAGCGACGUCACCAUUCCCCCCAUGAAAGACCUCACGGUCGACAACAUCACCGAGAACGUCAUCCGGAUCAACUCCCUCUGCCAAGACGAACGCAUGAAAUAUGUCCUCGAGCGCCUGGUCACCCACCUCCAUGACUUUGCGCGUGAGACGCGUCUCAGCACCGACGAGUGGAUGACGGGAUUACGCUUCCUUACGGAAGUGGGGAAGAUUUGUUCGGAUGUGAGGCAGGAAUUCAUUCUCCUCUCCGACAUCCUGGGUCUCUCCAUCCUCGUCGACUCCAUCGACCACCCCAAACCCCCCAACAGCACCGAAGGCACCGUCCUCGGCCCCUUCCACACACACGAUGCCGAGCCCCUCGCUCCUGGCGCCUCCAUCUCGCACGAUCCCGCUGGCGAGCCUCUCCUUGUCGUCUGCACCGUCCACGACACCCACGGCAACCCCAUCCCCAACGUGAAGAUCGAUAUCUGGGAGACGGAUUCGACGGGCCACUAUGACGUGCAGUAUCCGGGUCGGGAGGGGCCGGAUGGCCGUUGUGUGAUGACGAGUGAUAAGGAGGGAGUGUUUUGGUUCAAUGCGAUCACGCCAGUUCCGUAUCCCAUUCCGCACGAUGGGCCGGUGGGGAGACUGUUGAAGAAACUGGGCAGGCAUCCGUAUAGGCCUUCGCACAUGCAUUUCAUGUUUGAGGGGGAGGGAUAUGAUCACUUGAUUACGGCACUUUACCUCCGCAACGACCCCUAUGAGACCUCUGAUGCCGUCUUCGGCGUCAAAGACUCCCUCGUUGUCGAUAUCGGUCGUGCUGGUCCCGAGUACGCGGCCAAAUACGGCGUCGCUGAGGAUCACGCUCUGCUCACGUACGACUUUGUUUUGGUGUCCGAUGAAGAGACGAGCGAGCUGCGCGCCAGGAACUCCAAGGAGGCGCUGGAUAAACUGGGCCGCAAAGUGCGCAUUGUCAAUGGGUUGCCGGUGCCGGAUCUGGAUUAAUCUAGGCCAUCUUGAUCUUCUUGGUAUCAUUCGUCCAUUAGAAUGCGGUGGUUGUAUAUACAUCAUUCAUAAUCCACAUCAGGGGGCAGCAUCCGCUCCCACCAUGUCUCCAAAGUCACUCCCCAGGUCUUUCCCUUCCUCUGCCUGGACAGCACC